UCGCCUUCGUGUUGUUCUCAGACUCGGGCUGUGGGGGUCGGUGCGGAUAUUCAAUCAUGAAGUCAGGCUAGGGUCUUCUUCCGCAGCAACGAGGCGGGCGAGCCUGUGUCCUGGGGCCCAGCCCUCCAGUGAGGAGGUGGCCAUUUGAAAAACUGUUAGCAAAUGGAAGAUAGAAGAAGAAAGUUCCACAUAAGAACAGUGCCCAAGCAAAGGUAUAGAAAGGUACAGAAAACAAAGGUGACUUUCCAACAAGAUGCUGCUCUCCAUAGGGAUGCUUAUGCUGUCGGCCACACAAGUCUACACCAUCUUGACUGUCCAGCUCUUUGCAUUCUUAAACUUACUGCCUGUAGAAGCAGACAUUUUAGCAUAUAAUUUUGAAAAUGCAUCUCAGACAUUUGAUGAUCUUCCAGCAAGAUUUGGUUAUAGACUUCCAGCUGAAGGUUUAAAGGGUUUUUUGAUUAAUUCAAAACCAGAGAAUGCUUGUGAACCCAUAGUGCCUCCACCAGUAAAAGACAAUUCAUCUGGCACUUUCAUCGUGUUAAUUAGAAGACUUGAUUGUAAUUUUGAUAUAAAGGUUUUAAAUGCACAGAGAGCCGGAUACAAAGCCGCUAUUGUUCACAAUGUUGAUUCUGACGACCUCAUUAGCAUGGGAUCCAACGACAAUUUCAGAAGAAGGCCUAUGAGGCCAGGCAGUGUGCUCCUGGAGAGUGAAGUGCAUGAAGCUGUGAGAGUGAAGCCAAAAGUACGGAGGAGACCUCAAGAAGUUGUGGAAGCCAGGAACAUGGAACAUCUGAAGGAAGUCACAAGGAUUGAUGUGUUAAAGAAAAUUGACAUUCCAUCUGUCUUUAUUGGUGAAUCAUCAGCUAAUUCCCUGAAAGAUGAAUUCACAUAUGAAAAAGGGGGCCACAUUAUCUUAGUUCCAGAAUUUAAUCUUCCUCUGGAAUACUAUCUAAUCCCCUUCCUCAUUAUAGUGGGCAUCUGUCUCAUCCUAAUAGUCAUUUUUAUGAUCACAAAAUUUGUCCAGGACAGACACAGAGCUAGAAGAAAUAGACUUGGUAAAGAUCAACUUAAGAAACUCCCAGUACAUAAAUUUAAGAAAGGACCUUGCACUUGUGAGGCAGGAGAUGAGUAUGAUGUAUGUGCCAUUUGUUUGGAUGAAUAUGAAGAUGGAGACAAACUCAGAAUCCUUCCCUGUUCCCAUGCUUAUCACUGCAAGUGUGUAGACCCCUGGCUAACUAAAACCAAGAAAACCUGUCCAGUCUGCAAGCAGAAAGUUGUUCCUUCUCAAGGUGAUUCUGACUCUGACACAGACAGUAGUCAAGAAGAAAACGAAGUGUCAGAACACACCCCUUUGCUUAGACCUUUAGCCUCUGUCAGUGCCCAGUCAUUUGGGGCUUUGUCAGAGUCCCACUCACAUCAGAACAUGACAGAAUCUUCAGACUUUGAGGACGAUGACAAUGAAGAUACUGACAGCAGUGAGGCAGAAAAUGAAUUGAAUGAACACAGUGUUGUGGUCCAGUUGCAGCCUAAUGGUGAGCAGGACUGCAACAUAGCAAAUACCGUGUGACUUUCAGGAGACAGGUUUAUUUCCCUUUGAAACAUUUAUUUAGGUAUAUAAUGAUUUUUUGCUCCUUUUAGAGACUUCUGUAGAAAUACUUAUUUUUUAGUGUUCUAAUUUAAUCAGAUUAUGAAAACAGGCUUUUAUCUGGUACUUAUAUGCAGGACUAUACUUCAUUUACUAAUAAGUAAUAACAGACUGGUGCUGUAACUCAGGCAUCAAGGAUGAAAAUAUAACCAAAACAUUUUUUAAAAAUCUCCAUAUAGCUCACGAUUAAGACUUAGAUUACAGUAUGCAAAUGUUUUGUUGUUUUACACAUGAAAUCAGCACCGUGGCUAUCUAGCAUGAGCUAAAGCCAAUGCUCACAGAUCCCUACAGUCACCUAAAAAUGAGUUGGAAUAUGUUCUGGUAUUUCCCCAAGUUGCCUUCAUUAGUGAGAAGCAACAAGGUAUUUUACCAUUUCUCCUCCUAUCAGCACCACAUAGAAAACUCUGUCUUCAUUUCUCUUCCCAGUCUUAAUCCUGAUAUGAAAGAUCUGUAACUGGUGCAGAUUUCAAAGGGUUUUAUUACUAGUGUUAAGUAUGAGUAUGAUUCAACAGGUAAUGUCUUUGGACUUACCAGAUUUCAGUAUCCUUAAGGGUUUUGUGUUGUGAUCAAAGCAAAAAGAAAAUGCUGCAUAAAAAUACCAAACUUCAGCAACUGUUAAUACUCAGAUCAUAUACCUCUUAAUAAGGAGCAUCUUGUGCUAAUCAGCCCUGCUAACCUAUGUACAGAGAAACUGUUCGAAGUAUUGGAUUUGAAAAUAAGUGCUUCUGUUUAACAGAAUUAAUGUACAGAAAUGAUGUAUUAUGAAAAGCUAAAUUAUACACCAUUUUAACUAUGUAGAAAUUAUAGAAAUGUAUACUCAAACUAAGAAUUUUUAUAUGGCCUUGUAUGAGGGGAGUCUGAAUGUUAAUAAAAAUUUUCCAUUUAAAAAACUA